UCCGGCUUCUCUCGCUGCUUGGACCCUGGAGCUGCCGCCCGGACCGAUCCCGCUACCUGCCCGGCGCGGGAGGAGCCGUUUCCCUCUCCCCGGGAGGAUGGAGGUGCCGCAGCUCCUGCGCCUACUCCUGGCCGCAGCCGUGCUGUGCCUCUCGCAGGCAGUGAACCCCUUCGUGGCUCAGCAGACCCCGCCAGACCCUUGCUACGACGACAACGGCGCUCCCCGCCGCUGCAUCCCCGAGUUCGUCAACGCCGCGUUCGGCAAGGCCGUGCAGGCGUCCAGCACCUGCGGGAAGCCGCCGUCGCGGCACUGCGACGCCUCGGACCCGCGCCGUGCGCACCCUCCCGCCUACCUCACCGACCUCAACACCGCCUCCAACAUGACGUGCUGGCGCUCCGAGACCUUCCACCACUCCCCACACAACGUCACCCUCACGCUGUCCCUCGGGAAGAAGUUCGAGGUGGUUUAUGUGAGCCUCCAGUUCUGCUCGCCCAGACCCGAGUCCACGGCCAUCCUCAAGUCCAUGGACUACGGCAAGACCUGGGUGCCCUACCAGUAUUAUUCCUCCCAGUGCAGGAAGAUCUACGGCAAACCCAGCAAAGCCACGGUCACCAAGCAGAACGAGCAGGAGGCUCUGUGCACCGACGGGCUCACCGAGCUGUACCCGCUCACCGGCGGGCUCAUCGCUUUCAGCACCUUGGACGGGCGGCCGUCGGCUCAGGACUUUGACGGCAGCCCCGUGCUGCAGGAUUGGGUGACGGCCACCGAUAUCCGCGUGGUCUUCAGCCGCCCUCACCUCUACCGGGACUUGGGAGGCCGUGAGGCCGCGGAGGAUGAAGGGGGCACGGGCUCCAGCCCUUACUAUUACUCUGUAGGGGAGCUGCAGGUCGGCGGGCGCUGCAAAUGCAACGGGCACGCUGCCCGCUGCGUGAAGGACAAGGAGCAGAAGCUGGUGUGUGACUGCAAGCACAACACGGAAGGGCCCGAGUGUGACCGCUGCAAACCCUUCCACUACGACCGGCCCUGGCAGAGGGCCACUGCCCGUGAGGCCAACGAGUGCCUGGCCUGUAACUGCAACCUGCACGCCCGGCGCUGCCGCUUCAACAUGGAGCUGUACAAGCUGUCGGGCAGGAAGAGCGGCGGCGUGUGCCUCAACUGCCGGCACAACACAGCGGGCAGGCACUGCCACUACUGCAAGGAGGGCUUCUACAGGGACCUCAGCAAGGCCAUCACUGACAGAAAGGCCUGCAAAGCCUGUGACUGCCACCCCGUUGGUGCAGCUGGCAAGACCUGCAACCAGACCACGGGGCAGUGCCCGUGCAAGGACGGCGUCACCGGGCUCACCUGCAACCGCUGCGCCAAGGGCUACCAGCAGAGCCGCUCACCCGUGGCCCCCUGCAUCAAGAUCCCUGCCAUCAACCCCACAUCCCUGGUCACCAGCACAGAGGCACCUGCAGACUGUGACUCCUACUGCAAGCCAGCCAAGGGCAACUACAAGAUCAACAUGAAGAAGUACUGCAAGAAGGACUAUGUGGUGCAGGUGAACAUCCUGGAGAUGGAGACAGUGGCCAACUGGGCCAAGUUCACCAUCAACGUCCUGUCGGUCUACAAGUGCCGCGACGAGCGGGUCAAGCGUGGGGACAACUUCUUGUGGAUCCACCUCAAAGACCUGUCCUGCAAGUGCCCCAAGAUCCAGAUCAGCAAGAAAUACUUGGUGAUGGGCAUCAGUGAGAACUCCACAGACAGGCCAGGACUGAUGGCUGAUAAGAACAGCCUGGUGAUCCAGUGGAGAGACGCCUGGACGCGCCGCCUGCGGAAACUGCAGCGGCGGGAGAAGAAGGGCAAGUGUGUCAAGCCAUGAGGGAGGGGAAGGGAGGGAGGCUUUUUGCCCUCCCCCUUCUCCAUCCUAUCCCUUCCCCAGCACUGCCAGAGACUCUGUACAUACCCAGUGUGAACAGACUCCUGUGUGUCGGAGCGUGUGCGUGGCCAGGGGCUGCGUGUGCACGCCUGGCUGUGCCUGGCGCCGCUGCUCUGCUCGGGAGGAGGCUGGAGUGCCAAAACCUGCCACAGGGACAAGGGGCAAUGGGUGGAAGCUGGAACACAAGAGGUUCCAAAGCAACACAAGGAAGAGUUUCUUCCCUGUUGAGGUGAGGGAGCACUGGCAGGGGCUGCCCAGAUGGGCUGUGGAGGCUCCUUCUCUGCAGACAUCCCAACCCAGCUGGAUGAGUCCCUGUGUGCCCUGCUCUAGGUGCUGCUGCUCUGGCAGGGGGUUGCACUGGCUGAGCUUUGCAGCUCCCUCCCAGCCCCUGUGGUUCUGUGGUUCAGUGAGGAGCAAAGCUGAGAGAGGGCUUGUGUGUCCCUGUCAGCUGAAGGAGCUUGGGAGGGGUUGGUGUGUGCACUCCUUGGUUAGGCUUUGCUUUCCCCCCUCAACAAAGGUCUUCUGCCCCCUCCCCAAGCACCCAGAACCUGCCUCUUCCUCACCCCCUGAAAACAUGCUGCUGCCAGGACCUCUCUGUGCCCUUCUCCUCACCCAGUGACAAGAGGAGGUCGGGGGGUCUUCUGUGGAGACCACCCAACUGCUGCACAGGCACCAGCCCCAGGGGCUGCAGCAGAAGAACAAAGGAGCCUUUGUGAGACCUGAUUCCCUGGUGACCUCAGCUCCACACAGCCAGCUCUGCUGCCUGGGGCAGGACCCAGGGGGAUGUGCCUGAGGAGGAGGGUUGGUCAGUGCCAGGCAGAGCUGUGUCCUCCAGGGACAAAGGGACAGGCUGCACAGCCCCAUGGCUGUUACCUGCCCUGGGGCACAGUCUGCAUGACCCAGCAGGAACGACCUGGGACACUUUCCCCUCCCCUCCUGUGCCCACCAAGGCUUUCAGCAGCCCUGCCAGCAGGGACAGGCUGAGUGGAGCUGUGGUGGUGCAUCCUCCACACACCCAGCUCUCUGUCCCUCUGUCCUCAGCUGGUACCAACUGAGGUCAUUCAUUCCCCUGCCUGCCUCUGUGUGCAUCCCUCAGAGCUGCCUGCACUGCAUCCCCUCCUGGGGAGCAUUGCUGGGGCUGAGCUUUGGCUGAGGACAUGCAGAGGAAAGAGAGAAGAGCUUUCAUCGACCCACCUCUAGUCUUUUCAGGCUUCUUCACCAUGUAUUAGUCUCCAGUUCAACCAGACAUCAGUACCU